UGGGAAUACUGUAUGAUUUGACAUCGCUUAGAAACAAACACGCACAUGUUUCAAAAGGAACUCGGAGUCAAUUUCUGUUUUGUUUCUGAAUGCAUUUCGUUGCCGUGUACUCCCUUGGAAAUCUUCACGAGUUCUGAUCAUGAGAAACACAUACGUCCAGCCAUAUGGACAGACCGAAAACGCCAUUUGGCCUAUGUUGCAAAUUGUGCAAGCAGAAGAGGGCACUAAGGAUCUGUAAAAGCAGCACAAUGAUAAGAAGUACGAUGGAUAGCCAUCAUGUUGAUACGUCUAGGGCAUUGAAUGCAGGUGUUGGAACUCUUACCCUCGAAUCACGCAUUGUCCAAAGUAAAAAGAUGGAAGCACAAAAAUCAAAUCGAACGCCAUUGCCAAGGAGUCUCCAAAUUAGUGGUAUCACCCAGCUUGUGGUAGAUACCGAGUCUAAACAUAAAACAGAUGUGUUUUUAUCCGAGAAAAUACACGCAAAAAUAAAGAGUCACACUUCAAUACGAGAAAAAUAUUACAGAAAUGAAAAUAUACUGAAUCGCAUCACACAGCGUAUGUCAUCGGGAAAUCAAUCAAGCAGACAGCAAAAGCAAGUUUUAGGGGAGAAUUCGGAACCAGAGACAAGACUUACUCCUUAUAAGGAAUACUGGAAGAUUCAUGAUACACAGCCACCAAAAGAGAUGAACGCUAAACCUAAGGAGUUUUUAAAUAUUUCUACAAAACUUGAAACGCCAGGAUUCACACCAACUGGGCCAUUUGAAAACAAACACAACUCUCAUGAGGGACUACGUAAGUCGACUUCUGCAAAACGCUACGUCGAUAACAAUGUUGCUCGUUUUAAGCGACGCCAGUUUGAGAGUCCGAUACACAGAUCUCUGACUGACUUGACACAGCUUCGAGAGGGAGAAUGUCCCGAUUGUAAAUGUAUCUCGCAACAAGCUAUGCCAAUCUCAGAGAGAACAUGGUCACAGUCCCUAAGCUUACCGAGUCUUAGCACCGACCAGAACCAAACAAUUGAUACACAUUCCAAAAAUGUUUAUUUAGAAAUCUCAAAAAGAGCGGAAAGUGUUAAAGAAAUUACAAGCAGCGAUCAUUAUGAUUCAAAUGACUCAAUUACUCAUUCAAACGAUAGCAAAGCGGGAGAUAAGAAAGAUAAGUUGGACAACGUGGAAACAAAAUACGAUGUAGAUAAUGUUGAUACUAGUUGUGAUACGUUUGAUUUUGCUGAUUAUGAAAACACAUACAAAACUGAACAACAUAGUGUGUCAAUUCAAGAAAUGAACAUUACAAAUAAAGAGAAAUUUCAAAAAGUUCAUACAAAAGGAAUUGAUACAUCAGUUAAAAUAGAUGGUUCUUCGAUAAACAAUUCGAAUGCCUUGAAGCACAAUGUAAUUACAAACGAUCACAUAGAGAUGUCAGAUUACUCAUCUAUUACUCGUAAGCUAAGACAAAUACGACUGAACGAUGGUAAUGUUGAAAGAAAUGUUAGUUGUCGAAAGGAAUCAAAUACUCUCAAUUCAACGUUAGAAGCAUUUAUUGAUGACGUAAGCGAUUCGGGCAGACGGUUUGUGAAGUCUCGUUAUAACGGUAUUGGUAUUAAAACGCCGCUUAAAGAAAAGAAACCGAAUAAAUUAAAAGUACCAUGUGCAAAAGAAGGCAAAACGUUGAUUCGAAAAAUCUCCGUUCCAAUCGACGGGGAUAGGGCAGUUGAAAGGGUUAAAACGUGCCUCGAUGUUUUUCUACCAACCACAGAUACCAAAGAUCAAAUUAUCUAAUACUUGAAGCUAGGGUGGGUUUUUUAAAAAAGAGGUCAAGUAAAAAGAACUGCCACGCAAUUUAAGCUAGAUAGCAUAUCGUGAUAGAAUCCUGGAAUCCGGUUUUAUAAGAUGAAUCGCAUUUUUUGUUCAAAUGUAAACAAUAAGAUGGUAUCAUGAUCAGAAAAUCUCAAUAUAUGAAUAUGAAAUAUAUGAUUGACCACCAAAAAUCAAUUAUUCUAUCGACGAGUGAGGGGAUCAUAUCAAAAGAAUGACACGAUCAUACAUUAUUUAAUGAUUGGUAGAGAUAUGAUCCUUAUUUCAAAGUAACAUUAUAUAAUGUAAUUGUGAAGAAUAUCGUACGAUUUCUAUUUUCUUUACUUUAUUACUAAUUUUACUGUGAUUGUAAAAUUUUAUUGUUUGAUGUUCGUUUGGCCUUAAUAUGGCAUCAGAACAACAUCCUAUUAUAUAAUUAUAUCGACCCUGUUAAAACUUGUCAAACGAAGCUAGUCAAAAUUGAACAAAAACGUAACCUUG